AUGAAAGCAAUGAAGAAAAGGCAUCUGCAAACAGUGCAGGAACUAGAGGAGAAUUUCCACAUCACAGCUCGGGAAGCACAGGAAUGGAUCAUGCAGAAGGUUAGAUCACACUAUCAGAACAAACUGAACACUCUGAGGACAUUCCUGGACCUCUACCAGGAUACAGUGGAGAAGAAGAAGGCUGACUGGGAGAAGAAAGUUGCAGAGCUGAUUGCACAGAAUAAGCAGCUGCUGGAGGAGCAGAGCGCUGAGAGAAGAAGGUGGAAAGAAGAGACCCUCCAAUGGCAGAAAGAAAAGAGCAAAAUGCUGGAUCUGUUCUCCAGUCGGCUGGAUGUUCUGCACUGCCACCAGGCCUCCACACUGCAGGAGCUGCAGAUGGCCAGGCAAGAAAUAGGACAAGUCCAAGAAAUUUUAACAGUAUCAUCAUCACAGGAGCAACAGGAAGCAGCAGAGGAAGAGGAGGGGUCAGAUAACAAAGAACAAACUGUGGCAUGCAGUGUCUCAGAUCAGCCACUGGAGGGAGCCAAUGCCCGUCUGGAGGGGCUAAAGGAGAGUUUGUACCAGAAGGAGAGGGAGAUUUCUGAGCUUCUGGAAGCAGAGAGGAGCCCCAUCCCUCCUGUCCCACAGCCACACUGCAGCAUCCUGCUCCCCACUGUCAUAACCAAGGCACAUGAAAUCUGCAGUGCAGUGGCUGAGUCGAGAGCUCUUUUGAACCAAAUGAUCGAAGACAACCAGGUUGCUUUGGCUGAAGCCAGAGACAAACUGCGUCUGCAUCUGCAAAGCACUAAAGACGAGAGCAAUGAUAAAGAGAAGACCACCAACCAAGAUGGGUCAGAUGAGUCAAGUCUGUCUUUCCUGCAAGGGACAUUGAGGGAGCAUGAAGUUUGUCAAAUUGCUUUAGACCGCAUCAAAUCUGGGGAAAGUCCUGUUAUGAAUGAUUAUGAAAUGUCUGAGAUGGAGGACAUCCUGAGACAAGAAACACUUCCAACAACACAAAGGAGCGUAAAGGGCGUUGGCCAGCAGCUUCUCCUGCUGCAGGAUCAACUGAAGCGAGAAAAGGAAGAGAGAAAGAAAAUCAUUGAGAAUUAUACAUCAGAAAGGGCAAUGAGGAAGAAAUAUUACAACAUGGUGGAGGAAAUGAAAGGCAAAAUCAGGGUGUUCUGUCGAAUUCGUCCAGUGAACAGAAGCGAGGCUACACAGGGUGGGGCCGUUGUGGUGGAUAAAUUAGACGAUUACUCUAUCACUGUGGAAGCCCCCCGUGGGCCCAGAGAGUUUCAGUUUGAUAAGGUGUUCAGUGCAAGGGCCUCUCAGGAAGAGUUGUUUCAAGAUGUAAACAGGCUGAUGCAAUCAGUUAUCGAUGGCUACAAUGUUUGUAUCUUCGCGUAUGGCCAGACAGGCUCAGGAAAAACCUUCACCAUGGUUGGGGACAAGGAUCAGAAGAACCCUGGGAUUAUGCCUAGAUCUUUUAACGCCAUAUUUGACAUCAUGCGAGAGAACAGCUCUAAAUUUGACUUCAAGGUUUCAGCCUAUAUGUUGGAGCUGUACAACGACAGGCUGCAGGACCUCUUUGUGAGCCAGGCGGGUGAGGCCCAUUCUCAAACACAAUCCCAUGGACCGACUAAGCGGGUGGAGAUUAAAAGAAACAGAAAGGGGGUUGUGUUUGCCCAAGGGGCAGAGACAAAGGAGGCUUCCAGUGCCCAGGAGCUUUAUGCUUUGUUCCAACAGGCUUGCGCCAACCGACACAUCUCCGCCACCAGGAUGAAUGUGGAGAGUUCCCGCUCCCAUCUCAUUGUUGGCAUCAUGGUGGAGAGCAGGAAUCUGACUAAUGGGAGUGUGAACACCGGAAAGCUGAGCCUUGUUGAUCUGGCAGGGAGUGAAAGGGCAGCAAAGACUGGUGCCAAAGACCACCAGCUCAAGGUGUGCUCAUGUGUUAUACUUUUGCAAGGCUCGAUAUGCCUUAAAUAA